UGUUAGCGCGUACAUUCCUUUUUUCACUGUUCGUAAUAUUUGUUUAAUAUUUUUUAUGUGUAAGUUUUCAGCGAAGUAAAUCAAAACGUCAACAAAAUGAACAGUUCGUCGGUUUUAAGAAAACACACUCUUAAGAAUGUGUUAUCUAUCUURGAGAGUCGUCUCUUUUCAAGCACACCAGAAGCCACUUUUGAAACUAAGCCAUUUAAGUUGCAUAAACUUGAAAAUGGUCCGAGUACAACUGUCACCUUGUCUUCAGAAGAUGCUAUUAAAUAUUAUAAACAAAUGCAAACUAUUCGACGAAUAGAAACAGCUGCAGGUAAUUUGUACAAGGAAAAAAUAGUUCGAGGUUUCUGUCAUCUCUACUCUGGACAGGAAGCAUGUGCAGUAGSAAUGAAAGCUAUGUUCCGUGACACAGAUUCAAUAAUUACUGCAUAUCGUGCUCACGGAUGGACAUAUCUUAUGGGUAUUGAACCUUUUAGUGUAUUAUCAGAAUUAACUGGGCGUAAAAGUGGAAAUGCUCGUGGUAAAGGAGGUUCUAUGCAUAUGUAUGCUAAAAACUUUUAUGGAGGCAAUGGCAUUGUUGGAGCUCAGGUACCUCUUGGUGCUGGCAUAGCACUUGCUGCUAAAUAUUUAGGGACUGGUGGUGUGUGUUUUACUUUAUAUGGUGAUGGAGCUGCUAAUCAAGGACAAGUAUUUGAGGCUUACAAUAUGUCGAAAUUGUGGGAUCUACCUUGUGUUUAUGUUUGUGAAAAUAAUGGCUAUGGUAUGGGAACUAGCUCUGAACGUGCAUCCGCUAGUGUAGCAUAUUAUACGCGAGGAGAUUAUAUUCCUGGUAUCUGGGUGGACGGUAUGGAUAUUUUGGCUGUCAGAGAAGCUGCUCGUUUUGCCAUAGAUUAUUGUUCUAGUGGUAAAGGACCACUAGUUUUAGAAACAGCAACUUACAGAUACUCUGGACACUCAAUGUCUGACCCAGGUACAUCUUAUAGAACUCGUGAUGAAAUUCAAGAAGUGCGACAAACAAGAGAUCCAAUAACAUCUUUCAAAGAAAAAAUCAUAGGAGCUAAUUUAGUUAAUAUUGAUGAAUUAAAGCAAAUUGAUAAAGAAAUUAAAGCUGAAAUAGACGAUGCUGUGAAGAGAGCAAAAGCAGAUACGGAAAUUCCAUUGUCUGAACUUGCAGGUGAUAUCUAUUCAAAACCUCUUGAGACCACAGUUAGAGGAGUAAGUCCGUUCGAAAAUUUGGAACACAUAAGAGUUGGACCAGCUGUAAAUUUAAAUUAAAAUUCAGAAUUUAUGUAUAAUCCUUAAAGUUCAAACUGCACAUUUACUAAAAUAUUAAGUCCAUUUAUUAUAUUCAUAAUUUUUUAUUAGUUAUGUUUGUGUAUGGAUUAGAUGCUCUAAAGCGCUUUAUUAUUCAGUUUUACAGUUACAAUUUUAGUACAAUGAAAAAAAAAUAUUUUUGUUGAAUGGUAAAAAUGUUAAA